UUUCGACAAAGCGUUUUUGUCAAUAAACGUUGUGAUAACAUAACCUCAACAGAAAUAUUUCAAGUGCAUAAUAAGUUAAAAUUGACAAAUAGUUUGUUUCUUUUCUACCGCGAGUGACUUUUAUAAUGUGUCCAUUCGAUUAAAGACAUUGUUUUAUUACAAGAACAAUGAAUGCCACCAGUUUAUACGUUUCUACAUGUAGAUUGGUUUUACAAGCUCAAGCCAACGAUUCCUCUACAUGGCACGACUUAUACAAACUAUUUCCUUGUCUGAGACAGUCUUUAUCUUGUUAUGUUUGUGGUCAUUUGCUAAUUGAGCCUUAUACUCCGACAGAAAGCAACUGUCAACACCAUGUAUGCAGAUCUUGCAAAGGUGGAAAGAAAAAACUUAGGUCGACUUGUAGCUGGUGUAAAGAUUAUAAUAAAUACAUUGAAAAUGUUCAAUUAAGGACACUAUUGCAAUGUUAUAAGAAACUUUGCCAAUACAUCACAAGUUCUCAAAUAUAUAGGAACUUAUGUGCUUUGCCAUCAAGUUCAACAAAUAAUAACAAUGGCUCGAAUGAUAAUAAAACACUUUUAGAUAUAAUUAAAGAAGGGACUGGAUUUAAAGAUGAUUUUAAAUUAAAUUCAUCUCUUUUAAAUGUAUCGAUGAUAUCUAAUUCAGUCAAGAGUAUUUCUACUCAAACGUUCAAUCUUGAUAAAACUCAAGAAAAUAACAGAAACAGAAACAAUGUCCCUGUUGAAAAUGGGCAAAGUACUUACUCUGUUACUAAUAAUGGUAAUCGGCUAACCUUCAAAAGGACUGCUAAAGAAAUAAAUGAUAUCAAUCUGAGAAACGGUGAUGCUGAAAAGGGUACAAAAGUUAAUAAGGUGAGAAAAAGAUCAGUUUACAAUAAGUUACCUACCUGCCGUUGUGGUCAGAACACACCGGCCAAGGGAACAUGCAGAGGAUAUCGCUGCCCUUGUUAUAGUGGUGAUAAGCCUUGCACUGAAGACUGCAAUUGUGUCGCUUGUAAAAAUCCGAGAGGGACUCCACCACCCAAGCCAGAAAACAGUUCUGACGAUCAAGUAGAGAGCACAACUGAAACAACACAAGUUUCUGCGAGUGCGUAAAGACAAUGUGAAUGAAUCUUGUUCGAAAAUGACAUUAUUUGUAAAUGGUUUUAGUUAAUUUAAUUUCUGUUUUUGUUUUUUUUCCUCUUUUUUUUUUUAAAGUUGUAUAGUUAGGUAAAAGAUAUAUUCCUAGUAGUAUUAUAUCGUGGAGAUUACCAUUUUAAUGUUCGUAUGUUUUUAAGUAAAAAAUAUUUUUCUAGUUCCAUUGUACGAUAAAAUCGAGGCUCUGUUAUUUUUUAAUAUUGUCGAAUGUAAAAAAAAGAAAAAAACAUUCUCUGAAAUGUAAAUAGUGUGUAAAAUAAGGAGUCGUCAAAUUGUUAGUGUAUAGAAUAAAGAUAGUUAGAUUUUGUUCUAGGUUUUUACUUAUAUUUUUAAUAAGUUUCCUAAAUAUGAAGUAUAUAUGUAACUGUAAAAUACAUAUACAAUUUUUAUUAUUAUUUUCUUUUCUUUGUUGUUUUUUUUUUUUUUUGUUGCUUUUGUUAUAGUGCUUCACUUUGUAAAUAUAAAAUAUAACAAUUCCAGUUUUAUUACAUUAUUUGUUUUUAUAUUCUAAACCAAU